AUGACUGCACUGUUAAGAAAGUUAGGCGCCGACCAGGUCUCAGCCAUCGGACUAGGAGUUAUGAGAGCAUCCGUAUUUUAUGGAACUCCGGAUAGUGAUGAAGAAAGGUUCAAGCUUUUUGACGCUGCACUGGCUGAAGGUUCGACAUUCUGGGACACUGCUGCAUAUUAUGGCGAUAACGAAGAGUUGAUCGGAAGAUGGUUCAAGCAUUCAGGAAAGCGAGAUAAGAUAUUUAUCGCGACCAAAGGGGGAUUUACCCGUGCUGGCACAAACAAUGACCCAGAAUUUCUCAAAGCUGGGUUAGAGACUUCGUUGAAGAAUUUGGGAGUCGAUACCAUUGACCUUUAUUAUCUUGCUCGUAUUCAACAUAGCAUUCCUAUUGAGAAAACUGUCGCAGUACUUGCGGAGUUUGUCAAAGCGGGGAAGGUUAAAUACAUAGGCCUAUCUGAAUGCUCUGCUGCCACACUUCGCCGUGCGCAUGCCAUACACCCCAUCACGGCGGUAGAGGUCGAAUACUCUCCAUUUGCACUCGAUAUAGAAGGCGAGAAAAACGGGCUACUGAAAACGUGUCGCGAGCUUGGAGUAGCUGUCGUAGCCUACUCCCCUUUGGGAAGGGGUGUUUUGACCGGUGCAUAUAAAUCCCCUGAUGACUUCCAUCCUGACGAUGUGAGGAGGAGGUUCCCAAGGUUUUCCAAAGAGGCCUUCCCACAUAUUUUGAACGUCGUCGACGUUCUGGAAAAAAUUGCUAAAGUGCAUAAUGCUACGUCGGGACAGGUCACACUUGCAUGGAUUCUCGCGCAGGGAGAAGAUAUUAUACCAAUCCCAGGAACUAAGACAGUCAAGUAUCUUGCAGAAAACGCCGGUGCAGUCAAUGUAAAAUUGACAGCAGAGGAUGUCGACGCAAUCAGGCAGAGUGCCCAAAAGUUGGAAUCUGUUGUUGGCGACCUGCCUCGAUACCCCGAAGGCCUCACAAAUGAUUUGUUUGCAGACACUGUCGAACUGUCGUAA